GCGUCCUGGCCAGCCAAAGGAAGCCUCACCUUUUCCUGAAACGUACUCUGUCCGUGGUGCUGAACCAUUUUACGGGGAAGCGCCCAGGCAGGCGCUGUCAGCCGUGCUGGAGGGGGAAAAAAAAAAACCCUCCUGACGCUGCCCAAAUCAGAACUGUGUGUUAUUUACUCACGUCCUCAAAGAGCAGCAAGGUUUCUCCAUCUUAAUUCGACUCUACCGCAGAGCAGAUUUGCGCCGGCGUGAUGGGAGGAGAUCACGGGCAAGGAGGAAAAAACUAAUAGCAGCAUCGCUCACCUGAGACCUAAGAUGCUCCCAUGAGUUUUGGAAGUGCUCUGCUCCUUACAGCAAAGACACCAUUUUAAAAAGUGCUAUUCAUUUGACUUUGCCUUUACAGAAGGGUUCUGUGGUAUUUCCGCCAGCGUUUAAAAGGCAGAAGAUUUGACAGAAACAAGACUUUUAAAACCCGGAAUUUACAUUGUUUUUCAGUGAACUGACUUCCAGGACAAGGACUCAUCUGCACCCGCCCGAAUACCAUGGCACUGCGUGCGCCCUUUGCCACCGGAUCCUCCCCUUCCAAUGAGACUUUCUGAUUGUGUCUACCAACUCUCCUAUUAGGAAACCCGUGGGCUGCAGGCAGCUAUCCUGUUGUAUUCUCAUUCUCACUCUCCCUCCCCUCUCUCACUCACACUCUUGCAAGAGCCACACCGAUACCUUUCUGCUGAGAAGGAAAAAACCUACAACUACCUUAAGCGAUUAAUACAACAUGCGCAACUCCCGCCUUUCAUAGCGAUCACUAUUUAAAUUUGGCAAGAGCCGACACCAAGCUUUGCAAGAAUGGAGUCUGUAAAACAAAGGAUUUUGACCCCAGGAAAAGAAGGGCUAAAGAAUUUUGCUGGAAAAUCCCUCGGCCAGAUCUACAGGGUGCUGGAGAAGAAGCAGGAGACCGGGGAGACCAUCGAGCUGACGGAGGAUGGGAAGCCCCUGGAGGUGCCUGAGAAGAAGGCGCCGCUGUGCGACUGCACGUGCUUCGGCCUGCCGCGUCGCUACAUCAUCGCCAUCAUGAGCGGCCUGGGCUUCUGCAUCUCCUUCGGCAUCCGCUGCAACCUGGGCGUGGCCAUCGUGGACAUGGUCAACAACAGCACCAUCCACCGCGGGGGCAAGGUCAUCAAGGAGAAAGCCAAAUUCAACUGGGACCCGGAAACCGUGGGAAUGAUCCACGGUUCCUUCUUUUGGGGCUAUAUCAUCACCCAGAUUCCGGGCGGCUACAUUGCUUCUCGGCUGGCAGCCAACAGGGUUUUUGGAGCUGCCAUACUUCUUACCUCUACCCUGAAUAUGCUAAUCCCAUCAGCAGCCAGAGUGCAUUAUGGGUGUGUCAUCUUUGUUAGGAUACUGCAGGGACUUGUUGAGGGUGUAACCUACCCAGCAUGUCAUGGAAUAUGGAGCAAAUGGGCCCCUCCUCUAGAGAGGAGUAGACUGGCAACCACCUCCUUUUGUGGUUCCUACGCUGGAGCUGUGAUUGCAAUGCCUUUAGCUGGCAUUCUUGUACAGUAUACUGGCUGGUCUUCCGUUUUCUAUGUCUAUGGAAGCUUUGGGAUGAUCUGGUACAUGUUUUGGCUUUUGGUGUCUUACGAGAGUCCUGCAAAGCAUCCUACUAUAACAGAUGAAGAACGUAGGUACAUAGAAGAAAGCAUUGGAGAGAGUGCAAAUCUUUUAGGUGCAAUGGAAAAAUUCAAGACUCCGUGGAGGAAAUUUUUUACAUCUAUGCCAGUCUAUGCAAUAAUUGUUGCAAACUUCUGCAGAAGCUGGACUUUUUAUUUGCUGCUAAUUAGUCAGCCAGCAUAUUUUGAGGAAGUCUUUGGAUUUGAAAUCAGCAAGGUUGGCAUGCUAUCUGCUGUGCCACACUUGGUAAUGACAAUUAUUGUGCCGAUUGGAGGGCAGAUUGCAGAUUUUCUAAGAAGCAAGCAAAUUCUUUCAACUACGACAGUCAGAAAGAUCAUGAAUUGCGGUGGUUUUGGCAUGGAGGCUACACUGCUUCUGGUUGUCGGCUAUUCUCAUACUAGAGGGGUCGCUAUCUCGUUCUUGGUACUUGCGGUGGGGUUCAGUGGAUUUGCUAUUUCUGGUUUCAAUGUUAACCACUUGGAUAUUGCUCCGAGAUACGCCAGUAUCUUAAUGGGCAUCUCAAAUGGUGUUGGCACAUUGUCAGGCAUGGUUUGUCCUAUUAUCGUUGGUGCAAUGACGAAGAAUAAGUCACGUGAAGAGUGGCAGUAUGUCUUCCUGAUCGCUGCCCUAGUCCACUACGGCGGAGUUAUAUUUUAUGCAAUAUUCGCCUCAGGAGAGAAGCAACCCUGGGCAGAUCCUGAGGAAACAAGUGAAGAAAAAUGUGGAUUUAUCCACGAAGAUGAGCUUGAUGAAGAAACAGGGGACAUCACUCAAAAUUAUAUAAAUUAUGGUCCCACCAAGUCUUACGGUGCCACAACACAAGCCAAUGGAGGUUGGCCCAAUGGUUGGGAAAAGAAAGAGGAAUUUGUACAAGAAGAAGUACAAGACUCAUACACUUAUAAGGACCGAGAUGAUUAUUCAUAACAAAGCUAAUUGCUGGAUUUCUUAUUAGUGUUUGUGAUUAAAUUAAUUGUGAUUGCACAAAAAUUUUAAAAAAAAUGUGAUGUAAACAUGUAAACAUAUCAAUCAGGCAAGUCUUGCUGUAAAAAUGAAAUCAAAACAAACUCAUGAAGUUACCAUCAAGUGCAAUCUGUAGAAGUUGUGAGAUGCCAUUCUUUCCAUUCGAGUCAUCUAUUCGUUUGUGAUUUAAAGGUUGACUGGUCAAAAUUGUAGAAGCAAGUAGUUACUCAUCGGAUUCAUAUGAGCUAAAACUCAUCACCAUUUAAUAAAGCACAACUGAAAGAGUUGGUACAUCCCAUCCUACAAAGGUUAGGAAGCCAAAGCUACUUGAUCAUGCAAAAUGCACUUAUAUAUUUGUUACACUGCAUUGCAAGAUACGGUGCAGAAGUCCUGUUUAAAAAAAAAAAAAAGUGAAGUCAUGUUGGCUGCAUCAGGUGUUGGCAACAUUUAUUGAGUAUAAAUCAUGGAGUUGGGAUAUCUCUCAUGCAGAGAAGAAUGUUGUGGGCUAGCAACUAGCAAUUACUGUUAUUACAUAAUGUAGAAUAUUUUGUUGGUUUUCAAGAGGAAUAUCUUGCAGUGUUUUCUAUGAGAUGCUUGGGCACAAACACAUCUAUGACAAAGAACUUGUAAAGUGAGGGGUAUGCUUCAUGUUCUUCCAUUCAUUUACCUAACAGUAUGAAACACUUCACAUUUCAGUAAAAUCUGACUUUUCAUGUAGCAUAUCGCACAACUUUUUUGCAAAAAUAAACAAUAAAUAGACUUCAAUGUAUUUUUUAUUACAACUUUGUACUGGUUGUAACUUGCAUUAGGAAAAAAAAUGCAUACACCAUGAAGAAUCUAAUAUGUUUACUAUGGAGAUAUAGCCCUUAAAAUGCAAUAUUCAUGACAAACAAAAUAGAAGCGAUAUAGGUAUCUUUCUUCCUUAAUAAUUAAAUACUAUAUGAAACGUGCCACAGAGCUAUAUAUAAUAUGAAAAGAUAAACUUAAUAGAGAUAUUGUAAGUAGACAAUUUUAUUAUUUAAAGUCCCAUUAAAAAUAUUUGUCAAAUAUAUAGGACAAUAAAUUAUAUGAAAAUAUCUAUAUAUAUCUGUAUAUCUUAUACGUAUCCAUACACAGAUACAUAAUAAACAAUCUUCACCAAAAAACCAAAAAUAGCAUACACCUAAUGUUGGGUUAGGGGACUGCAAUUUCUACUUUCAUAGAGUCAUAGAAUUUUAGAUGGGGCAGAGGCGUUUUGCUUGUCAUUUCUUAAUAUAACUCAACAGGAAUUGCGACAUUUGUGUAUCAAGCAAUAAGUGCAAUGCAUAAAAUUUCCUGUGUGCGUAUUAUCUUUACUUCGCUUAUGGUAGCUGUUUGGGUGGUUGGAAUGAUGAUUUUUUUUCUUUUAAAAAAGUUAACAUCAGACCUCUUUAUAAUGUUCUAAAAUGACAAUGAUGCAUUUCCCAGUUCAACUCAAAAUAUCAUUGGUAUGUUUAAUUGUCUAUUCUGGAUAUUUGAUCUGUUCAUUGUAUAGUGCUGGUGACUGGAGGCCCUGCUAAUGCAAAUAUAAAACAUAAAGUCUGUUUUUAAGAUGCA